CCACACGCCUUACACCAUACUAUCAUCUGCACCACAGACGACACACACUAUCUCUCCCUCCAUGAUCAGCAGCAGCUCUUCAAAAUACUGUGUAUCGCAGAGUCUCAAUUCCACUUUGAAAACCGCCCAUAACCAGUAUCUAAGUUUUCGCCAAUGCAAGUCUUUUCUACGCCACACAUGCAUUGCCUUUACUUCUUCUUCUUCUAGUACAGAAAGGCCGAAAUGGGACUCCAAGAUUCGGUUUUGUAAUAAAAAUCACUGUAAAAACGGAGCCCAGAACAAUAAUGAUGAAGAAGAAACAGAAGAAAAAGUGGCAGAAGAAGUGGUGAUUUUAGGAGACAGAAAGGUUCACUGUGCAGUGGAAGUGGUUUCAUGGAGAGAACGCAGAAUAAAGGGUGAAAUAUCAGUUAAUGCCGAUGUUGAAUCCGUUUGGAAUGCUCUUACUGACUAUGAAAGGCUUGCUGAUUUCAUUCCUAAUCUUGUUAGCAGUGGAAGAAUUCCUUGCCCGCAUCCUGGCCGUAUAUGGUUGGAGCAGAGAGGCUUGCAAAGGGCACUGUACUGGCAUAUAGAAGCUCGUGUUGUGUUGGAUCUUCAAGAAUUUGCUGACUCUGAAAAUGAUCGGGAACUUCGCUUUUCUAUGGUUGAUGGAGAUUUCAAGAAGUUUGAGGGCAAAUGGUCUGUUAAAUCUGGCAAAGGGUUUUCAACUACUACUUUGAGCUAUGAAGUUAACGUCAUCCCGAGAUCUGAAAGCGAUUUUGAGGGGAACCAGAAUAUAUUAAUAUCUCAAGGGUCCUUAAGUACAUCAUCUCUAGAUUCUCUUCCUCUUCAAAGUGUAAAAAUUAAUGGAACCACUCCACUGAAUAAACAUUCUGCUGGAGAGAUUGAGGAAAAAAUCGUCAAAGCUACUUUUGGUCCAUUGUCCCCUCCUACGAGAGAGUUGAAUAAUAACUGGGGAAUCUUUGGGAAAUCUUGUCAACUCGACAGACCAUGCCUGGUAGAUGAAGUUCAUCUCCGUAGAUUUGAUGGCUUAUUGGAAGAUGGAGGUGUUCAUCGGUGUGUUGUUGCCAGUAUAACAGUAAAAGCUCCUGUUCGUGAAGUAUGGAAUACUUUGACUGCUUACGAGGGUCUUCCCGAGAUAGUUCCAAAUUUGGCUAUCAGCAAGGUUUUAUCUCGAGAAAACAACAAAGUUCGCAUUCUUCAGGAAGGAUGCAAGGGCCUACUGUAUAUGGUUCUCCAUGCACGUGUUGUCCUAGAUUUGUGUGAAUGUCUUGAACAAGAGAUUAGCUUUGAGCAGGCUGAGGGAGAUUUCGAUUCGUUUCGAGGGAAAUGGAUCCUGGAGAAAUUAGGGAGUCACCAUACACUUUUAAAGUACUCAGUGGAGUCAAAAAUGUGCAAGAACUCAUUUCUUUCUGAAGCUAUUAUGGAAGAGGUCAUAUACGAAGAUCUCCCUUCAAACUUAUGUGCUAUUCGAGAUCAUGUCGAGAAAAGGGAAAUAAAAAAUUCCAGGGGGACAUUCGAACACGAUACUAAUGCAGAGAAACAAAUAGCUUCAUCAAGCAAUGCCUGCUCCUAUAAUUUGAGUAAGCCAACCGAUCACAUUGAUAGCAGCAGUUCAAAUUCAUCUAGCCAAAGACCCAAGGUUGCAGGUCUGCAGAGGGACAUUGAAGUUCUUAAAUCCGAACUUCUGAAUUUCAUUUCCGAACAUGGCCAGGAAGGAUUUAUGCCAAUGAGAAAGCAACUUCGUAAGCAUGGGAGGAUAGAUAUUGAGAAGGCAAUCACACGCAUGGGCGGAUUUAGAAGAAUUGCAACAUUGAUGAAUCUUUCCCUGGCUUACAAACACCGCAAACCAAAAGGUUACUGGGACAACCUUGAAAAUUUGCAAGAAGAGAUAAGUCGGUUUCAGAGGAACUGGGGCAUGGAUCCAUCAUUCAUGCCCAGCAGAAAAUCUUUCGAACGUGCAGGUCGUUACGACAUUGCGCGUGCAUUGGAGAAAUGGGGAGGCCUCCAUGAAGUAUCUCGUCUUUUGUCGCUUAAGGUCAGGCACCCCAACAGACAAGCUGCACUUGCUAAAGAAAAGAAGAUUGAUUAUUUGGAAUCUAAUGAUGUAAAUGGCCAGGAGAAGACACCAUCUAAAACUUAUGUUUCUCAAGAUACACAAAAGUGGCUCAUGAAACUGAAAGAAUUCGACAUAAAUUGGAUAGAGUAAAAAAAAUCAUAUAUAUGAUUUGCAUAAACUGAUGAUUAAGUUCUAUAAUCCUGUAGAUAUAUGAUGUUUCUUGAUGAUUGAGAUGACUUGCAUUAAACUGUACCAGAAAGAAUUGGAAAUAUAUUUUAACUGUUAUUUUGUGA